GAGAGGGUGAGUAGGUAGGUAGGUAGGUAGGUAGAUAUGGAUGGAUGGAUGGAUUAAAUCCAGCUGAGAUUUGCUGAGAUUUGAUCUGAUCAACCAUUCCUAAUAUAUGAGCCAUUUUAUUUAUAUACAGAAGAAGAAUUCAUGGGGCCCAUUUCUUGAACCCAGAAGGUUCCACUUUGAUCCUUAUUACCAUUUAAAAAAAAAAACACUCAAACUGAUUUGUUUGGUUAUUUAAGACAAAUCUCUGCCCAGCAUUCCGAAGAGCCAGUCGCAUAGACAGCUGUGGCCUAUAGAAGUGUUCCUGCACCUCAGAAACUUUUAAGAGGUGUGGACUUCAACUCCCAGAAUUCUCCAGCCACCACGUCCACAUGCAAAGUUGCUGGAGUUGAGAAAUGCUGGAUUACGGGGAAUCUGCAAAAUGUGCUGAUUGGAGCGGUCUUCUGCUUUCCAUGCAGGCCAUACCAAAUCUCUACUUGUAUCAACUUCCAGAAUGACCUGAUCUAGGAAAAGGGUCGGCAUUCGUCUGGAGGGAGAAGGAGCCUUCAAGAUCACGUGAAGUAUUAGCACUUCACAUUUAAGUACACCAUAUAAACGCCGCACACACAGAAUAGCUAGGGAGCACCUAAGCACACGAGAGAAGUUCUUUGAGGAUGGGCUCCAGCACAAGGAAGACAAAACCUCUGGUCCCAGUGACCGGCCCAGGUUGGAUCCUGCAACAUUAUCCCGGGAUGCCUAUAUUCGCUUUCCUUCAUAGUAUUAGUACCACUUUAUAAACGCCUUGGAUUUUCUCCUCCUGAGGCAACCUAUUCAUGACUGAGGAGCUGGAAACGGCUAGACGAGUCCUGCCUUGGUUUCAUCCUUCAACAUGACCAACCCCCAGCCUCCUAUAGAAGGUGGCGUUUCCGAAGUUGAAAUAAUUUCACAACAAAUAGAAGAAGAAACCAGGAGCGUCGCACCCAUACAGCUUGUUAAUUUCGCCUAUCGGGACUUACCUCUGGCUGCGCUAGAUUUGUCCAUAGCAGGCUCCCAGCUCCUGUCGAAUUUGGAUGAGGAAUACCAACGAGAAGGAUCUAACUGGCUUAAGCCGUGCUGCGGGAGGCGAGCGGCCGUCUGGCAGGUAUUUUUGCUCAGUGCGAGUCUCAACAGUUUCCUGGUAGCCUGUGUAGUUUUGGUGGUCUUCCUUCUGACUUUGGAGCUCCUAAUAGAUAUAAAGCUUCUCCAGUUUUCAAGCGCAUCACAAUUUGCUGGCGUCAUUCACUGGAUCAGUCUGGUUAUCCUGUCUGUCUUCUUUUCAGAGACUAUUUUGAGAAUAGUCGUACUUGGUAUAUGGGACUAUAUUGAAAACAAAAUAGAGGUAUUUGAUGGUGCUGUGAUCAUCUUAUCUUUGGCUCCCAUGGUGGCGUCUACAGUGGCUAAUGGACCAAGCAGUCCAUGGGAUGCUAUUAGUCUCAUCAUUACCUUGAGAAUUUGGAGAGUCAAGCGAAUUAUUGAUGCCUACGUCCUGCCGGUUAAAGUGGAAAUGGAGAUGGUUAUUCAACAGUACGAAAAAGCAAAGGUUAUUCAGGAUGAACAGCUGGAAAGACUGACCCACAUCUGCCAAGAACAGGGGUUCGAAAUUAGACAGUUGCGGGCACAUCUGGCCCAGCAAGACCUGGACCUGGCAGCUGAGAGGGAGGCAGCUUUGCAGGUGCCUCACAUGCUGAAGAAACAGACGGGCAACCGGUACAAAGUGGUAGCCACCGGAGGCGAUUCCGAUGACGAAACCACCGAGAACAUCACGGAGUUGCGUCCUGCUCGGGAGACUGUGGUGAAAGACGACAUGAACAACUACAUCAGUCAAUACUACAACGAACCCAGCAGUGACAGCGGUGUGCCUGAAGGGGCCUUCUGCGUCAUCACAACAGCGGCCAUCGACGUCCACCAGCCCAACGUCUCCUCUGACCUCUUCAUGGUGGAAAUGCCGAUGAAGAUGAUGGAGAGCAACGGGAUUUCCACGAGCGCCGCGUCAGGCAGCGCCUCCAGGUCCACGGACAGCUCGGUCACCCGGGCGCAGAGCGACAGCAGCCAGACCUUUGGCUCUUCCACAGACUGCAGCACGACUCGGGAGGAAUCCUCCGAGUAUUGCCCCUUGAAGCGGCCCUGUCAGGCGACUCAAGGCGCUCAGGUCAGCUCUUCGUCUCCCCACCGCAGGGUCCAUAAUGCUGUCGUCCAAGAACUGUUGUCCUCCUUAUCCGAAGACUCCUGCUUAACCCAAAAGGGACUGGACCCCGUUAACCUUAAACUGCCAAGCCCAGCGGGGUCGGCCACAGCCAGCCCCGAACUGGAGCGCCGCGUCAAUAUUUACAACAAAAAGAACCAAGAAAAUUUUGGGGGGGUCUUUCAGAAAAAGCCGGUCAUCCACUUCCAGCAGAAGACACAGAUGAUUGACAAGUACACGUCGUUGGAAUCCAAACAGCCAAGGUUCAACAGCAUCCCGGAUUCCUAGUCUUCGGUGGAGUUGCGCGGUUCAGACAAGACCGGUGGUUCGCCAGGGGACACACACACUAAAGCUUUAAAAACAGGGCCCUUGGAACCAUUCCGGGGUGGGUGUUUUAUGCGGAUUUAAGAAUUGGAAAUUCGUUUUUUCAAAAUGCAUGAGUUACAAGAGCCAGCACGAAAAUAAGAAAUUGACAAAUUCUGCCACUUGGAGUCUGUGGGGUGUCACCCUCAAGGGAGAAUUAGGGGGGCAGGGGAGGUGAAUGCGGUUAAAACAAUGACCUCAAAAGAUGUAUAGAUUCUUAAGGUGUGUGUGGGGUUUUUGUACGCCGAGCGAACACAAAUCCUAUCCUUUUUACUGAACUUCGGACAAUCUUCUAUAAAAACUCACAAUCUCCCCUCCUCCUAACGAUUUCUUACGACGUCCCUUUGUAUGUGACCAAUUAUGAAUCCAUUUGUAUUGACAGUUAUUUUUGAUCUUACUGGAAAAAAAACCCCACCCUGUUUUUCAAAAAGUACUUUGAACGAUGCCACUCAAAGACAUCUUUAAAUACUUCAAAAGAAUUUUAAAGUAAGUGUUCUCUUAUUUUUAGCAUGAACUUUGGGGAAGAAAUAUUUUGGGGAAAAAAAUUAUUAUUGCCUCCGGGAUAAACAAAACAAAAAUGGGCAUUUUACAAAUACAAUUUUAAUUAAAAUAUUUUUUUUAAAAAAGCAAUAUUUUAAAUAAGUGUUUUCAAUUUUUUUUCCUAGCUGGAGGAACUAAUCAUGCAACUUUUGCUUAAAGGUUUUUUUUUUAAGAAAAAUAUUUUAAACACAAAACUUUUAAUUUAUAAUUGAUUUUUUCUCUCUGUUUCCACCAUAUGAUCAGGUGUGCUCGCAUUACCUUGUGUGAAUUUCAAAAGCUACCAACUAGUCAUUUCCACAUGGAGUAACUUGUAACAUUUUUCUAAAUCAGGGGUCUUCAACCUUGGCCACUUUAAGACAUGUGGAUUUCAACUCCCAGAAUAUCUCAGCCAGCUUUGCUGGGAGUUGAAGUCCACAAGUCUUAGUGGCUAAGGCUGGAGACCCCUGGUCUAAAUUGUAAGAGCUGUUCAAUUCUCAGAACCCACUGGUUGGAGGCGUUUAGAAUAUUGUACCCGCCAAUUGAGAUCAAGAUGGAGAACCGUCUAUUUCCAAAAAAUCCAUUUACACUCAGAAACCGGGACAUAAAUGGUAACUGGUAGUAGAUCCCCAAAACAGGACAUUUCAUAGGUUGAUUUUGGAUCCUUUGAAAUUCCACACAUGCUGGUUCCCCUCUCUCUGUUUUGCCAUAGCCCCCCCCCUUCUUUUGGUAAGUAAUGUGAUGAACUAAGUUGCAACAGCAUACCCCCAACGUGGCAUGAUCUGGUCAGGGUUUCUAAGGAUUCAGGUUAGGGAAGCUGCCUUAUCUUCCCAGAUGUUACGGUUAGCCACUCUACGUCAGAGUAGGUCUUACUAAGGAGGAAAUCACAAGUCCCAGAGACACUAGCUUUACCAAUAGUUGACUAGCUUUUAAAAGAUGUAGGUUAUACUAGAGCAGCAUACAAGCACAAGUUAAAUUGAAACUUCAGUGACCAAGCAGUGCCAGCAUUGAAGAAAACAAAAAAAAUCAAAAUGAUGCUUACCUCUGUAUAUCUCAAGUGUCUCAGACAGAUCCAUAGGCCUGUUAAGCAUAGAGCUGCAAUAGCUACUGGAAGUAUUAAACAGGAAGCAACUGACUCUAGGAACUGGAGAAGGCACCAGCAUCAAUACCUAGUUUUUCAACUAUUAAAAGCUUGGGGCAAGAGGACAGAAGCUGGCUAGCCGAAGAAAACUGGAAAAAUUGUUGGGUUUCAUGGAUUGCUCCAGUGGCCACAUUAAAAUACGCAACGGAUGUUUCCACCUGGUAUUUUUUGAUCAGGUGGUAACUCUUGGCAUUCUCAAGCAGCUUAGCCCAAAAUCUCUGGAGCUGUUAGUUCAGCACAUCUGGAGGUUGUUUUGAUUGAAUAUCUAAAGAGAAGGGCACAGAUAGUUUGAAGUUGCAGGAUAAGGAUGGUUGCAGGAACUGGGUGUGUCUGGUUUAAUGAAAAAGAAGAACUAAGGGAGACAUGAUAGCAGUCUUCCAAAAUCUAGGGGGCACAAAGAAGAGGGGGGGUCAACCCUUCACCAAAGCACCUGAAGGCAGGACAAGCAGCAAAGGAUAUCGAGGAGAGAAGCAACCUUCCUGACAGAACAAUUAGUCAGCGGAACAACUUGCCUCCAGAAGUUAGUAAUGCUCCACCACUGGAGGUUU